AUGGCUCGCGUUACAGAUGAGUUGGUGCUGUCGGCUGACAGCGUCGCUCUAUACCACGCCACCGAUCCUCUACUCGGCCAUCUUCCUCUGCUGCUUUUCCAUGGACCCUCGACCACCGCAAACUACACCCUGAACAGCUCUCGAGUCCAAGUCCACGUCUUCACUCCCGCUGGCUUUCAGAGCUUCCCUCGAAUCACAAUCUCGCCCAACUCUCCAUUCUACAGCGUCGUCCACCACCUACCCCGCGAGUUUCAGGGAGACGAGGUCUACCGCGCUCUAGCCUUUGGCCUAUUCAAGUACUUCACAGAACUGCCCGAUUGUGUGAAACUACACCUCAAGAACCUAUAUCCCACACGUGGACGACGUCCUGGUAGCGCACCUACCUUGUUCAGUGAGCAACAUGCUGCUGAGAUUGUCAAGGACAUGGUCCAGAGCGACCAUACCGCUGAUAUCAUCGAAACCCUAAAAGACGCUCUACAAACACAACACAUCAGUCAUGUCGAUGUUGACUUUGUUCUACCCCCAGGUGCUAUUGUCCCGUUACAACUGGAGGACCUCGAAGACGUGCCCGACGACGAAGAUGAUAUUCUGGAUCCGACCUUGCGCCAGUACGGAGGAUACACACCUUUAAUAAAACUUUUUGGAGAGCCAGUAUUCUUGCCUACUAGCCGUUUGCGAAGAGCACCCUCCAAACCAACCGCAUUGAAUCGGAGCAAGUCAUUCUUGAAUCAUCAGAAAGCGGAGUUGCGCAUGAAGUUGACGGAAUUGGUGGAGACCGAAGAGCGUUAUGUGGGCAAGGUGAGAGAGCUGGUGAACCACGUUGCUGCCGACUUCCGGGAGAGUGCUCAGGCACGAGCCCCCGGCAGUCUAAGUCCUUCCGAGGAAGAGCUAGAGAAACUCUUCCCCAGUUCGGCAGACGGCAUCCUGCAAGUCAAUUCUGCCUUUAUGGAGGAGAUGCGGAGGAUCAUGGACGAUUCUGAAGAAGAGGCGCUGCGGGACAUGGAGACGCCCUCAAUGGGGUUUACAGGUUCCAAGAUCGGCAGAACAAAAGACCCAAGUGGUGCAUUGGCUAUCGCUAGGUUAUUCCUAGAAUGGUUUCCCAAGUUCACUGAGUGUUAUCAGGAUUACAUCAAAGCCAGCCAGCACUUUCCAACACUACUCAACUCUUUUCUAGAUCAACAAUCAAGUUUCAGGCAAAGAGUGGCUCAGACCGGCGAGCAGGCGAUUCGCUCCAUUCUUAUUGAGCCUGUUCAAAGACUUCCUCGCUACAGCUUACUUAUAGACCAGAUCGUGGGUUGCAUUCCUAUGACACAUCCCGCUUUACAACCCAUGUUAAAAGCCCGAGACAUCAUUACGAACAUCUGCUCAAUGGACGAUCCCCUACCCAAUAAGCCUCAUGUCGCCAAUCGACUUCGAAAUAUGGUUGAAGCUUGGCCCCUGAACCUUGAACCGCAAGGACGUCUUAUUGCAGCAGCAGAUUUCACAGAAUUGGCACCACCCUUUCAGCCACUGCUCAACCAGUCGGAUAGGUCCGGCAUGUUCCUCCUGUUCUCAGACUGUGUGGUUAUCAUCAAGAGGAUGAGUGGGAACAUGACCGGGCGAGAUCUACUACGCGAAAUCGAGAAGCCUUCGGCAGCCGGCUUGCUCAUCUCGAUGACCCAUGCAGCAGGUGGUCCAGCAGCAUACGAAUUUGUUUUCACAGGUUGGCAUGAUAUGGCCGAUAUUCGAUUCACAGAAUCAAGAGACGGCACGCUCUUCUGGAUGACAUCCACAGCAGAGAUGAGAGGGGCUCAUCCUGGCGAGCAUAGGAUUAGUAAAGCGGUCACCUCCCGAUGCUUUCUUUUGCAAGAGAUGUACGAAUCCAGAGCAGCCAAGUGGGGAGAGGAUGUGGUAAAGGCAAGAAUCGAGGCUCGAUUCUCAGAAAAGGAGCGAGAGGACCCCUCCUGGACUCUACGAACAGCGCGCAUGCCAGAUAGUAGUCUGGGACUUCACGCAGCUAUCUUCCAGGAGGGCGCCGACCAAUUGAUUGAGGGUCGCAAGGAGCCUGCCCCAAUUCGAGUGGUUGUUGACCAUGACAGGGGCACUAAAGGAGCACCUGUAGGCCAUUACGGUGUUGAAAUUGUCGUGAACGUUACGACCAAUGAUAUGAAACGGGUGUCGAUGCUCACAGUUGGGCUAAACGGGAAGCAGUUCCAGGAUGAUGUUGCCCUGGAAGACUUCCUUCCUACAAUGUCUCGACGAGUGAUACAACUUUUGAGCUACCAGCACUGCAUUUCCAACUUAUUAUUGACGGCACCUCUUGUUUCUUACUACUCCAAGACGUUGCAUGGUCUUCUACUAAACACACGAGCAGAGAAGACCAAGUCGUUCUUGGGUUCAUCCCCCGUGAAGCUGCUUUCCAGUUUCUGGGGUGGCAGCUCCGUUCAUAUUUCAGAUACAGCGAGCAUAGGCUCAAAACAUAAACAGGUACCUUCCAUCCAUCGAAACAACAGUCAAGCAUCUGUUGUUAGCUCAAUAAAGGGAGGCAAAGAUAGCGUUUCUCAAGAGGAAACCCGUACCGACAACCCUUUGGUGCGUUUGGAGCAGACAUUUGCGAGUUAUGUCGCUGCUCUUCAGUCUCGCAAGGGUCUUAUCAUUGGCCGUACAUUGCUUCAACGAUCUGUCGUCGAUGAACUGUCGGUCAACGAACUUUACAACAGGCUCAUUGAAAGCCCGUUUGACUUUGAUGCAACUUCUGAUCUGGGCACGGAAGUCAUUUUCGUGGCCUUUGAAAAGUUCUUGCGAAUCGCUUGGACGGACCAAAUAAGUCCAGUUAUGUCAAUGCACUCUCUUGAUACUCUUCAGGCUCGCGUCAACAAGAGAGUGCCUGGCGACUUUGCGGAUUUUGUUAACUUCUUAUUUGGUGACAUGGCACCACAGAAUCGCCGUGCUUUCACUGCGCUCAUCAAACUACUCGCAGAGCUUUUGGAUGGGUGCGGCAACGAUGGUGAUAGAGGAGCGCUGACACUUGCUUUUGCGGAACUACUCGUCUAUGACGGAACAGCACCGAAUUAUAUUAACCUACUCGAUCGUCUUGUAGAAGACUGCGAACGGAUUUUUGAAGAGCCCAGCUUGAACCACAGCUUCGGCCUAGACAACUCAACUUAUGAUACGAUUAACUCGGCAAUCCGUGGCAAGGGAUACGCGCCUUCAGUCGCCUCUAAUACGUCCUCGCUGCGCCGCAAGUUUGGUUUCGACACCUUGCUGCGGCAAAAUAGCAAGGACGAGCGCGCAUCAGUAUGGCGACAGCUCGGUAGGCAUCGCAAUCCCGCUACCGGCGAAGCAAAUAGCUUAUCCAAGGCAUCACUAGGUCGAUCAAGGUCCAUCGACGACAACACGUUACCCCGAAAGCUAGCACGGCGCCCAGGCUCCAAGGAUCGUCCGCCCAUAGCAGGGGCGUUCGAUGAAGUGCAGAGGCCUGGCAGCUCCCACAGAUUACUGGAAACGAUCGGAGAGCCGGAAACGGAGCGACAACCAGUCCCACGAUCGCCCAGAAGAAGGAAACGCCGCAGUUCGUUAUCAGACCUCAAGGGUCUCAUGGAAGCGACCACACUCGAUGACGACGACUCACCACAGCCACUUCAAGAUGCAAAGCAAACUUCGGAAAAGGUAAAUGCGAGCCCCACGGCGACAACCCCGUCUAGAAUACCUAUUAGUCCCGGCGUGGCCCAGACGAUGCGAAUAUCAAGGCAGAAAGAAAAUGUCUUAGAUUCACUACUGCCAAGUCCUCUAGAGCCAUCCGAUGAACCGCCCCGGCGCCCUUCGCCCAUGAAAGGUCACAGACAUUCUAAGACCCUAUCAUCUACCAACAUUCCAACAUUGCGCCCGUACCGUUCAGCACCUCAAGGCUCUGAGUCACCCCCUCGCCCGAGCUCAAGUCCAGCCCGACGUGCAACCCAGAAGCUCCGUCUACAAUCACCACAAAAGCUUCGAGAACGACUCAACACGGAGAAGCAGGCUGUCGACGAGGUGGAUAUAUCUCUCAAGUCCGAAUUGUCCAAGAUUGGCGAAGAAAUGGCGCGCCUCAAUAGUGUACGGCCUCCAGGCUCGCAGUCCGUCGACAUGCGGCGAAUGAGUGCUGCUGUUCGGCAGCUAGAAGACCGCAUCCCUAUUGCUAUUCAGGAGAUACAAGAAAAGCACGACGAGAUCCAGAACGACAUGGAAACCACGGUGAAGGCAGCCGAGGCCAAGGUGCGAGCGAUUGAUCAACUAUACAAGGAGGCCGUGGCAGAGAAUGAGCUGCUAUACGAGAAGUUCAACGGAGAGCUGGGCAAGAUCGUCAAGGCUCUCAAGGGCAAAGGCAAAGACGAAAAGGAAGAACUCAUGGCACGGUUGCGGGAUCAAAGCGACGAAACAGCGCGGGUGAAGAAGGAAAACGCGCGAUUGAAACGUGAGAUGGUGAGUCUGCGCGCGGCGUUGAAGGGGACGACGGAGUAG